UUUCGCUUCUCCGCCGAUCAUGGCUGCUAGCAACCGGGGCACCGAGCUAGAUCUCAAAUGGCUUGCACGAGUUCGGGUGAAUCAUCCAGCUGUUCUAAAGCGGGCAGGGCAAAUUCAAAUGCAUCGGGCCAUGAAAAAGAAUUCGCAGGCAGCUUGGCUUUUGAGAGCCGUCACCUGCAUAGACCUCACCACCCUUUCUGGAGAUGACACCCCAUCCUAUGUUUGCAGAUUGUGCUACAAAGCCAAACAUCCCAUCCGAGAGGAUUUGUUACAAGCCUUGAAAAUGCAUGAUAAAGGCAUUACCACAGCAGCAGUUUGUGUCUAUCCGGCUAGAGUAACUGAUGCAGUUAAGGCUCUCAAAUCUGCUGGCUGCCACAUCCCCGUGGCUUCAGUGGCAACUGGAUUCCCGGCAGGACAGACAGCUCUGAAAAUUCGUUUAGCGGAGAUCCAGCUAGCUGUGGAAGAAGGGGCCAAAGAGAUUGAUGUUGUCAUUAAUCGAACCUUAGUACUGACGGGCCAAUGGGAAGACCUUUAUGAAGAAAUCCGUCAAUUCCGCAAGGCCUGCGGCGACGCUCAUAUGAAAACAAUCUUGGGAACAGGAGAGCUGGGAUCGCUUAAAAAUGUCUACAAAGCCAGCCUUGUAGCCAUGAUGGCAGGUUCUGAUUUUAUCAAGACAUCUACAGGAAAAGAGGCGGUUAAUGCUAUUUUCCCAGUGGGCCUGGUCAUGGUGAGAGCUAUUAGAGACUACUACUGGAAAACUGGCUAUAAGGUUGGAUUUAAACCUGCAGGAGGCAUUCGCAAAGCCAAAGAGGCCUUGAUCUGGUUUUCACUGAUGAAGGAGGAAUUGGGAGAGGAAUGGCUGAAACCAGAACUCUUUCGUUUGGGUGCCAGUACUUUGCUGGGAGACAUUGAAGGAGAGAUUUAUUAUCAUGUGACUGGCAGACAUCCUGCUUCCUAUGACCUGCCCAUGGCUUAGACCAGUGACUGAUUCGUGCUGUGAAAGAGAG